AUGAACAAAAGUCUUGCUCUUGUUGACCCUGAUGAAAUUACCCUUGAUGGAGGCUUGGAACGCGAUCAUUCAAUGGAAAGUUUACAAUCCAUUCCAUUCUUGACUUCCAAUUAUACAAAGCUUGCUCUUAAUGGUUCUGCUUUCUCCUAUUACGCCAUGUUGUUUUUAAUUUCGGAGAAGAGAAUGGUUAUGGAUUAUGUUCAUGAAGAAUAUUCAAAUAAUGGUACUGGAAAGCCUUUUUAUAAUGGAGGAAUUUUUGAUUUAUUAUCUAAAGUUUAUUCCGAAGAAGGAAUUCUUGGAUUAUUGGGAAAGAAGGAAUGGUUACCUUCAGUAUUUCAAAUUGGAGCAAGUUUUAUCUAUGGAUUAACUGUUAGAGAACACAUUUUCCAGCCCUUGACUUCUAGCAAUAGUUUGGCUAUUAGGCUUGGUUCAUCAAUUGUUGAUAAUAUGCUGUCAAGUGCUGUGACUCAUCCUAUAAUAGUUGCCUCUCUCGCCAGACAUAAGAGAUUUGAUGAUAUGAAGAAACAAAGAGGAUUUGUUGAAACUGCUGUUCAAAUUUACUCUGAAAAUGGAGUUAAAGGUCUCUAUCGUGGCUAUGGUUGGGCAAUGUUGCAACAAGCUGGUACACAAGUUUACAAAUUUGGUUUAUCUGUUGCUAUUCGUUCCGUAAUUGAAUCAGUUAUUGGAAAUGAUUAUUAUUUCUUGGAUGAUGAAACAGUUGAUUCUUUAGAAACAAUUGAGGAACUUUCGACGAGUGUCAUUUUCGAUGCCACAACUUCACCAUUCACUCUCUCAUUAAGCAGGUACAUUGGUGAUCAAGGAAGAACCUAUUCCAGCUACCCAGAUUGUGUAAAGAAAAUGUAUCAACAAGAGGGAUUGAAAGGUUUCUAUAAGGGUUCUUGGUUAGGUUGCUUUUUAUAA